GGUCUAUUGAUUGUGCAGACUGUUUUGGCACUUAUUGGGACCCGUAGGGUUGCAACCCUGAAAAGUGUACCCGGGAAACAAGAUUGCGUGCGAUUCAUCAAGGGGGGAUUUUCAAAAUAAAAGCAUAAUCCACAUAGAUAAUAAUAAUAAUAAUAAUAAUAAUUAAUAAACAACAUUAUAAAAAAGAUCACACCUAUCCACGCACUGAAGAUCAGUUUAACCACUUGUGUAAAGGAGAUGGAGCGGAGUGGUGUGGAUCCAGGUGAUUCUGGGAGCAGCUCUCCCAGUCUGGAUGGACUCCCUGGAUCUCCAGGGAUGCACAGGAACCCCUCUCCCCCUCCCAGCGAGGGAGAGGAGAGCGCCGAGGGAGACGCAAUUGGAAACACAGUCUACAGCAAACACUGGCUCUUCAGCACCCUCACCAGGCUCAUCCAGGUGGUGUCGGAUCAGGAGGGCGGGUCGGGGGCCGGAGACUCGGAGGCACAGCUGGACCUGGACGAGGAGGUGGAGAGCGAGAUCUGCAAAGUGUGGGACAUGUCCAUGGACCAGGACGUCGCACGUUUCCUUCAGGAGUUCAAAGCUGCGGACAUCCUGCUGGGGGUCAUCGGAAAAUCCAAAUCGUCUCGGCUGACAGAAAUCUGUGUGGGAGUUCUCGGGAAUAUCGCCUGUUUCCCAGAGACCUGUCAGUCCAUCAGUGGAAAUGAAGACCUGGGGGAGGUGCUGUUGUUACUCCUGGGAGACUCUGACCCUCCCACCCUGCUGGAAACAAGCAGGCUGCUUCUCACCUGCUUGUCUCAGCCCAGCGUCGCCCCCUGCUGGGUGGAGCGAAUCCGACAGCAGAAGUCUGUCUGUGAGAACCUGUGCUUCGUCAUGUCCAGUUCCACCAAUGUGGACUUGCUGGUGAAGGUAGGGGAGGUUGUGGACAAGCUCUUUGACUUGGACGAGGAGCUGAUGAGGAGCUGGAUAAGGGGGGCCAGGGGGUCCGCAGCCCCCUCCCCUGGACACCCCACCGCAGAUGGGGAGCCUGCCAACAACACACCAGCCCUAGACAUCGCCCCCUGCGUGCUGGAGGCUGCCAAGCAGCUGCGAUCCGACAGCCCGGACGGCCUGGAGGUGUAUAUGCACAUCCUGCAGCUUCUCACCACUGUGGACGAAGGCAUACAGGCUAUAGUGCUGUCUGUGGAGGUUGGCGAGGAGGCCUGGAGCCUGCUCUGUGACGUCGUGUGCAGUGACCUGUGCCAGCCCGACGACCCUCCCAUCGUCAUCCACGAGCAGAAGACCCUGCUGGCGCCGAUCCUGGCCGUGCUGUCUGCCAUGUUCGUGUGCCAGGCCCAGCACGACUACAGCAAGAUGGACAAAAACCUGCCUCUGAUCGGGAGCCUGAUCCGGGUGCUGCAGUACCUGGGGGAGUGCCAACAGAGGGAGACAGAGAGACGUGAGCCCGGCAGCGAGGAGGAGGCGGGUGAUAACCACCUGAAGAUCCUGAAGGACACCUGCUGCGAGUUCCUCGCCAACAUCCUGACCGAGCUGCCCAAGGACACUGUGUCUGAGCUGGUCCAGAGAGGCUAUCUGAGUGAGGAGACCUGCUCCACCGCUGUCCAGAGCCUGCUGUCCCUCUACAGCACUGCUACGAGACACUUCCUGGCCGUGCUGUCAGAGGUGGAUGAGAAGCUGGCAGAGGGUCUGCUGAAGGACUUUCCCAGCCUGAGACCCUGAAAGGGGAGGAGGGGGAGGGGGCCUGGGACUGGGUCCAGGGUGGGAUCCAGACGGAACUCUGCCUGCCUGAUCCCAGGACAGCAAGCAUGCACUGAAGAGAUGGCUGACAGACAGACAGACAGACAGAGGAUCAUGUCCCUUUGCUAGCUAACUGUAAACUGUCAGAAUCACUGGUAUCCUUCUAUAUUGCAGGGUUCUAUUAGUAUUUUAUAAGUCCUGUUGGCAUCACCUUUUGUGACACAGGAACCAGACUUCUUGUUUUGCUGUUUGGAACAACGAAGGACGAAAUGAAAUGUUACUGUCCAGACCGACACCAUGCCAAGAAAGCUAGGAAGGUGAAGAAAAAUCUCUUAAAUUUAGUGGCACUCCAUUAAUUUCAAUGAAGACCUCCGGAUUCAGAUAAUUUAGCAUCACCAGUAGAUAAAUGGGAUAUCUACAUGUUUUGUAUGAAAAGAAUAAAAGUGCCUGUUUUUCAUUUUUAAAAUUCAAACAAAUAAGUAGGGUAUGCUAUAU